AUGCCUCGUCGUCCGACCGCUCUUGAUGACGAUGAGCAGCUUCUACGAGAACAAGAAGCAUUCCUCCGGAAAAAUGAGCCGUCCGCGAAAGUUGUUCGAAUGAAAAAAGAAAGCACCAAUCUCGAGCAAAAAGAAGAAAGAAUGGAGAUCGAUGAAGUCCAACAAGUCCUGUUUGAGAUUCAAGAGAAAAUGUCAAUCGUCGAAUCUGAAAAACCAGCUGGUCAUCCCGACGGAUUUCCGAAAGUCUUUUCUCUCGGAAACACUGAUCAAAUUGGCGGAAAGAAGAAGGGAAAGAGUCUCUUCAAGCAAAAAAUGGAAGAGAGGAAGAAAAAACAAGGAAGAGUAUCUGAAGCAAGGGCACCACCGAGACCGAUUCCUGUCAGGUCACUCGUGGAGGAUGAAAAAAUUGGCCAUGAAAAUGCGGAGCGUCUUGCCAAGCUUUCUAUGGAAGAGAUCGAGGAAGAAAGAAAACAGCUGCUGGCAAAACUCGAUCCAUCAAUGCUCGAUUUCAUCAGAAAGCGAAGAUAUCAAGGCAGAACUUUCGACAAAGAAGGAGCGAAGGUAAAACUUCUCGAGGAAACUACUUUUAAAACUGAGCAUGGAACGGAUGUGAAAGUACCACUGAGAGGUGUUGAUCAAAAGUGGGUGAAUUUUGGCCAUGUCGAGCCGGAGAAAUUGGAAUGGAUGCAAGAUAUUGAGAUCAAGGAGAUCAAGGGCGAUGUGAAAGUCAGAGUUGACUUCAAUGGAGAGGUUGUCAAUCCUAUCAGCGAGAUAAGCUGGCGAGAAGGCCUUCACCACCAUGGUGACGAAGAGCAAGUGCCUGGUUAUUCGAUGCAAGAACUGCUAGGUUUGAGCAACUCACGGCUCUUGCAACAACGACAGAUCGCUUACAAAGCGUUGGAGGGAGUAAUUCGUAAUGCACGGCUCCAAAAAGGCGACAGAACUCUCUUUGUCGCGCCCAAACUUCUCCUGCAAGCUGGAUUGGUCGUUGUUGUUCGCAGAGAACUCGACAGUGAAGCCCUUCAGUCGCAAGAAAUGGCCCUACGAUUGCUGCACGCGCUGAUUGGCCCUUUGGAUAGAUCAAUCGAACACGUGACUGUCAAAGCUUCCUUUGGCGAGUACAAAGCAUUCGACGAAACCGACCACGACUCACUCGGCGACGGACUUAUCGAGCAUUCGGCCAAGGACCUGAUCAGCGCUCUACUAAAUAUGCAAAUUCUAGCCCGCUUCAGAUUCUUACUCCAAAAUCCAGCAUCGUCUGGUGAUGUCAAACUUCUAGUCAUUGAAAUACUACAAGUUUUCGCCGGUCAUUCCUUGACAACAGCGAAUAGAAUUUUUGAUGAAAACUUUCUCGUCGAAGCACUGCUCCCAGAUAUUGCUUUGAUGGGAACUGAACAAUCAGCGAAACGACUGCGAGUUUUUCUCCUGAUGAUGAGAAACGGAAAGAACUUGGCGAAGAAACUAGCGGACAACGAAAGCUUCAUGGGCGUUCUUUAUUCUUCUUUAUUCGGUCCCUGUGAUUUCCGAAAAGUUGGAAUCGAAAUCGCUCGAUGCUUUGUCCAGUUCAGAAUAAAUACCGACGUCUUUAUGAAGAUGAUUCAAGACUUUAGCAAAUCACUGGAGAAAUACGAAAGCCUCGUCCAGGAAGUCUUCCUUUGCUCCGAAAGAACUAUCGAACUGUAUGAAAGAUUUCGAUCAAUUGCCUGCUCGACUCAUCCGCAACAAAAGUCGUAUGUCCACUUUGCCACGACUUUGCUAAAACUAUUUCGCGAAGGAAAAGAAAGUCACAAGUACUCGCCGGUUCCAAUCGAGCUUUUAGAAGUCUCAUAUCAUCCUGAUUCCCUCGACUCGCUUUGGGAACAACUUGAUAAGCUCAGAGCUCCGAAUUCGAAUGCAAGGCCUUUGCCAGCAGUCCCUCUUGGGUUGGACGUUUCUUUGAUGGAAAAUUGCAAUGAAACAGCGAGCUACCUUGAUUAUUUAUCCGCACUGAUCAACGUUGAUCGAAUGAAAGCAAUCGAAUCGAUCAAGAACUCUCUGGUUCUGGACAUUCUAGUCGACGUAAUCGACGUUCUCAAAUUGUCACACGAAACUGAGCUCUUGAUCGUCUCUAUUGUACGACUCGGCUGUCAACUGAAAACGCUCAUAAUCGACAAAUCAUUGGAAAACUUCGUCGCGCGCUGGCAUGCUUUGUCUUUUCGCGCAUCUCUUCUCUUACCUGUUGUUUAUUCUGAGCUUCAGCUCCAGUUCUACUCCAAUUUCUUCGACGGUUCUCUCUUUUCAUGUUCAUCAAAAAAUAACCCAGAGGGCUUUGAAUCAACAUUAGAAAAGAUUCUGCCCGAGCUGUCUUCUCUCAGAGGUCAAUUUCUCGCAACAGUGCGACAGUUUCUCCCGCCAACAAGUUGGGAACGAUCGCGUCAGUUUUUGACAAGAAGUGAGAAAUGCGAAACUUUGAUAAUUGGCGGACCUGGGUUGACCCCUUCACUUCCGAGUGACAUCGUUUUUAUGAAAUUGAUCGAGCUUGGGACGGUCUUGAGCGCUGGAGACUCGAAUGUUUCACUUGAAGAUCACGCGGAUUCAUCAGAAGCGAUCAAAUCUCUCCGUCUCGCGCAUUUUUGCACAACAUUCAGGAAGAACUCCAUCCCUGGUGUCCAAGGUUCUUCUCUAUUUGUUCGACUUGCUUUGGUAUUCCUCUGUCCUCCAGAAAUCUCAAUGAGUGGAACGAUUCUUGACCUGAUUCGGCCUCUUCUGAAGCUUUCAGUGCAAAAAUCAACUCUUGUUCACAACUCGGUCAUCCCCAUCGCGGAUUGUCCUUCCUUCACGGAUUUUUACAUUAAACUUCUGGACGCAUUCGAAGGGCAUGGCUACUCAAACUCGCUCUUUGGAUCGGUUCUGAUGAUUCCGUUGAUUCACUCGACUGAAUUGAGGCUCAUUCUCUGGGGCGACAAGCAGCCAAUCUUGCAGACGAUUAGAAACGAUUUCACGAACAUUCUUCUUCCUUUUGAAGAAUACAUUCGGAUCCCAGAAACGAGCACCAGACUUGUCCAGCUCUACCUUGCUGCCAUUGCUUCAAAAACAGUCACAGUGCAUCGAAACGUUGUACUCUACUGUUUCGCCGUGUACCAAAUCAACCAGUUCUUGAUGAACCUCCAAAUUGACAGGAAUCUGCGCGAAUCUAUCCUCCGCCUCGUCCUCAGCGCUGAGAAAUCUCUGCAAAAAGACAUUUUGUUCUUUUCAAAAAUCAACAAGGAAUUCCCUCACAUCGACCACAAAGAAGACCUCGAGGAAGGACCGAAGAACUGGAUUAUUUCGACGAUAAAGAAGAAUCGACUCGAAAGCGAACUUUUUUGA